AUGGCUUCUACUGGUCUUCAGCUUCUUGGGAUGGUUAUGGCCUUGAUUGGCUGGGUGGGAUCCAUCAUUACAUGUGCUCUUCCGAUGUGGAAGGUGACAGCAUUCAUCGGGAACAACAUUGUGGUGGCCCAGAUCAUCUGGGAAGGACUGUGGAUGAAUUGCAUUGUUCAAAGCACUGGCCAGAUGCAGUGCAAGGUGUAUGAUUCCAUGUUGGCCCUGCCUCAAGAUCUUCAGGCUGCCCGAGCCAUCAUCACUGUCAUCUCUAUCCUGGUAGCCAUCCUAGGCCUGCUCAUUGGCAUUGUGGGAGCCAAAUGUACCAACUGUGUGGAAAAUGAGAAUACGAAGGCAAGGGUCAGCCUGGUGUCUGGUGUGGUCUUCGUGGUGGCAGGAGUCCUAAUGCUCAUUCCUGUCUGCUGGUCAGCAAACAGCAUCAUCCGUGACUUCUACAACCCAUUGGUGACAGAUGCCCAGAAGAGAGAGUUGGGGGCUUCUCUCUACAUUGGCUGGGCUUCCUCUGCUCUGAUGCUGCUGGGUGGGGGGCUUCUGAGCUGCUCCUGCCCCAAGAAAAAUGAUGCCCCAUACACUGCCCGCUAUACUGCUGCCACCUCUGGGGCUCGCAGCGAGUACACCACCAAGAACUAUGUGUGA